GAGUAAAAUGGCUCAUGGAACUCAAUACCUUGUCUGCUCCUCUGGUUCUACUAUAUAUAUCCACCCCCAUUAUCCACACGCGAUACAGACGAGAGAGAGAGAGAGAUGGACAUAAAGCAAAUAGUCCACAUGAACGAAGGGACUGGGGAGACCAGCUAUGCCAAGAACUCCGUAGUUCAGAAUAAAAUCAUAUCGGUUGGGAAGCCAAUAAUAGAGGAGGCUGUAUUAAGCUUCUGUUGCACCAAUUAUCCUGGGAGUGAGAGAGUCGUCAUAGCGGAUCUGGGAUGUUCAUCGGGACCCAAUACUAUGUUGGCGGUAUCUGACAUUAUGGACGCCAUCUGCCGGAUAUGCCGUCAACUGGGAGACCCGUCACCGGAAUUUCAGGUGUUCUUGAACGAUCUUCCGGGGAAUGACUUCAACACUCUAUUCCGGUCAAUUCCGGCAUAUUAUAACAGUAUCAAGGAAGAAAGGGGAAGUGAAUUUGGGCACUGCUAUAUUGCAGGUAUGCCCGGUUCCUUUUACGGGAGACUAUUUCCAAGAAGGAGCCUACACUUUGUUCAUUCUUCUUCAAGUCUCCAUUGGCUCUCUCAGGUGCCACCAGGCCUCGGCAGCAAAAACAAGGGGAAACUCUUCAUAUCGAAGACAAGCCCGCCUUGCGUAUUAAGCGCAUAUGCCCUGCAAUUCCAGAAGGAUUUCACGUCAUUUCUGCAUUCACGUUCAGAAGAAAUGGUUGCAGGAGGCCGUAUGGUUUUAUCUUUGGUGGGUCGGAGGUCUGCCGAUCCCUCCACUGAAGAGAGUUGCCAUCAGUGGGAGUUUCUAGCACAAGCAAUGCAGACUAUGGUUAUCCAGGGACUAGUUGAAGAAAAGAAGUUGGAUUCGUUCAAUGCUCCCUACUACUCACCCAGUGCAGAAGAGCUCAGAUCAGCUAUACAGAGGGAAGGUUCAUUUGCAGUUGAUCGACUGGACAUCCUUGAGAUCGACUGGGAUGGGGGUGAUCAUGAUACAGCAGAAGCAGCAGCAGCAGCGGAAACAACUGAGGAGAGUGGUGCUGAGAGAGUGAUGAAGACGAUACGGGCGGUUGUGGAGUCCAUGCUGACAAGCCACUUUGGAGGGGAGAUGAUGGACGAAUUGUUCCGAAGGUACAGGGAUUUACUAAGUCAUUACAUGUCUACCUCCAACAAUACCACCAAAUACACUAACAUCAUUAUUUCCAUGUCAACAAAAUUAAGCUAUUAGAAAACAUAGAGAUGUUCUCAAUGUGAUCAACACUGCAGUGGCUUGCUGGCAGCUGGUAGUGUUUCGUUGGUAGCAGAUCAUUACCCCUAAAAAACACACCUUGGAGCCUAUAAAUAGAGGUUGCCACUUAGUAUGUUCAUGUGGUGAUUUUGCAUUCUCAAAGUUGUGGUAGUGAUGGAGAUCCCAAUAAUAAUAUAUAUGUUUGGUAACCAUCUGAUCUGAGGCGCCCUGAUUCAGUUUGAUUUCUUGCUGCCAUUGUUUUUAAAACCGAACCAGUUAGGGGUCCGGUUAUGGUCAGGUUGUUUGAUUUCAA